AUGUCCAACUAUGUCUUAGUUUACUGCAAUGAUCAGAGUAUGCCAUAUGAAAUAAAUUCCGUGGCAAAUAUAUUACAUACAAAAUUACAACAAAGAUUCAAUCAGUUUGACGAUAAUGAUGUAGUCAUACAAUCAACCCUACUGGAUCCGCGAUUCAAAAAACAAGGGUUUGUAAAUGACAGAAAGUAUGAAAUUGCCUAUGAGUCUCUGUCACGUAAAGUUCAAGGAAUUUCUAUUGGGAAAGAUAGUCAAGAACCAGAGAUCAAUACACCAUACAGUGAACCUUCUGGAUCUGAAACAAUUUGGAAAGAUUUUGAUAGCAAAGUGAGCAAACUAUCUGGUGGUGGCCAUUCAACUGUGGCUGGUAUAUUAGAACUUGACCGGUACUUGGCUGAACCACUCUUAAAAAGAACAGCGGAUCCAUUAGUUUGGUGGCAUGAAAGAAAAUUAUUAUACCCAAAACUAUACCUAUUGGCAUGUAGAAGGUUAUGUAUUGUAGCAACGUCCGUUCCAUGCGAACGUAUAUUUUCAAAGGCUGGCUUGGUGUUGACUGAUAGAAGGUCUAGACUGAAUACAGAUAAAGUUGAAAAAAUAUUAUUUUUAAAUCACAAUUUAAGUUAG